AUAGAGAUAUUAUAAUCAUCACACAUGCAGGCUUGGUUCAGAUGCCAUCUUACUCCAAACACAAGACGACGUGAGCUUUGACACUGCAGACAUGAAUCUGAUAACUGCACUGCUGUUUUUUCUCUCAGGUCUUCUUGGGGGUUACUCUCUUCUUCCUAGGCAGUUCUAUUAUGUAUCUAAUCUGAGGACUUGGACAGACGCUCAGAGCUACUGCAGACUGAAAUACACAGAUCUGCUUUUUGUGUACAAUGAGGAGGAUCUAAAAAAAAUGGCUUCUCUUCUUCCUCUUUUUGAUUAUAGCAAAGCAUGGAUCGGGGGGUUUGAUCUGUAUUCUGAGUCUGAGUCUGACUCACAAAACAUUACUGAUUCACAAAAAGAGACUCAGAACUGUCUCGCUAUAAACACUGAUUCCUGGAAACUGACCAAAAAGAGUUGCACACUGACAUCUUCAUUUUUCUGCAGCCAAAGUCAAGGCAAAAGGGUUGUGUUGCGAAUUAAAUUGAAUCCUGGUGGACAACUGGACCUCAAUGACCCUAUAAUAAGAUCGAACAUGUUAGCUAAGAUCAACGAGAAAUUCAACGAAAUUGGGUUUGGUGAUGCCAUCAAAAUACGGUUGAUCACAAAGCGAGAAACACUGAGGGGGAAAGGAGUGGAUGAAACCUGCACAUAGUUAUAAUUAGGCUAUUAUUAUUUUAAAUUCAUUUGUAAAAUACAAUUGCAAUAAUUUCUUAUAUGCUAAUGACUAGU